CGCCUCCCCCCGCGCGCUUCUCGCCUCCGGCGGCCGAGGCCCAACCCGCGGCACCCUCACUCUCCCCCACUCGCAUCGUCGCCCUCUCUCCCUAUCAUUGCUGCCGCUGCCCUCCCCCCGCCAUCGUCGCCACCGAGACCCGCGCCCUCCCCCUCCUCCGCCGACCCGCGCCAUCCUCCUCCGCCGCGCCGCCGGGUUGCGACCCGUGGGAGGGACUCCUGCGCCGUCGCUCCUUCGCUGCGACCUGCGCCCCCCCCCCCUCCGUCGCGACCCUCGCGCCCCCUCCUCCACCGCACUGCCGAGUCGCGACCCGCGGGAGGACUCCUGCGCUGCGACCACGACGGCGCCCACCACAACGACGUCCUAGCACGGAUGCUGACACCCACCCUCUCGCUGGCCGAUCCCGAACGCCCACGCAUCACUAAACCUUUUCAGGUCUCCUGCUCGCCCUAGGUCCUGGAGGACUGAACUCCUGCGGUGCCAUGCCCUCUGCAUCCAUCCGGAUCCGUGGCGCAGUCACGACACCCUCGGCUCCUCCUACGGCCCGCCCUCACCACGCCAUCGUCUGCAGCUGCGUGCCCUCCGACUUGAGUUGGGACCAGGCAAUCAUAGCCGCAGGAACAAGGAAAAAUGAGUCCAUAUUUGGCGAGAUUCAAACCCAGAUUAAGAAGAAGUUGACCAUGGUAAAAAAAAAGAAUAAGAAGUUGACAGUUGUUUUUGUUCCAGACCAGAGAUCAGGGAAGCUUGAACUCCAAUACUUGCAUGAAUUUGCUGGUGGGAAUGCAAGCAUUGGGCAUAAUCCCAACCCUAUGGUUUACUUUCCUGGUGUCUUUGUGUUGACAGCCAAUCACUUUGGAAGCAAAAAGCACUCUCAGUUGGCGUUGAUGUUUCAUUUGAUCCUGCAGUUCUUGUUGUAUGCGUAUGAGUUUUGUCAGGAGGUUAAAUCAUAUGGUUGGUGUUCCGGCGACAACUUGAACUUGCUAAGGAAUUGGAGAGACCUGUUUCUGUUCAUUGUGUGCGGGCAUUUGGUGAUCUUCUGGAAAUCCUGAAGUAAAUUGGACCUCUCCCAGCAGGUGUUUUCUUGCAUUCAUAUCUGGGAUCUGCAAAAAUGGUGUCUGGCGUUGCAAAUUUAGGCUGUUACUUUUCAUUGUCUGGCUUCUUGACAGGCAUGAAUUCCACUAAAGCAAAGCAAAUGCUGAAGUCAGUAGGUAGGCUGAUUGUAUACUAAUGAUAUUUCAUCCCAGAAUCGUUUACCAGUGAACAGAUUUUGUUUUUGUUUUAGAUACCCUUGGAUAGAAUUCCUUUAGAGACGGCUGGACGUAAUGCUUUGCCAAAAUUGGACAAUGUUUCUGUAUCACUGGUCCCUGUGCACA